GCUGCGCCAUGGCGGCGACGCCGCGCCGGGAGCCGGACGCGUCCCCGCAGCCGCCCUCCCCGCUGCCGCCGCCGCCGCUUCCCCCGGCGCCCGGUAAACAGCGAGAGGAGAAAAAAACGGCGCUGAGCAAAGUAGUUAUUCGACGCCUUCCUCCUUGUCUAACUAAGGAGCAACUGGAGGAACAGUUACAUCCUCUACCUGCCCAUGAUUAUUUUGAGUUUUGCACUGCUGAUCCCAGCCUUUAUCCUCAUCUUUACUCGAGAGCAUACAUUAACUUUAGAAAUCCUGAGGACAUCCUUCUUUUUAGAGAUCGCUUUGAUGGCUAUGUCUUCAUUGAUAAUAAAGGUUUGGAGUAUCCUGCUGUGGUUGAAUUUGCUCCAUUCCAGAAGAUUUCAAAAAAGAAGUUAAAAAAGAAAGAUGCCAAAGCCGGGAGCAUUGAAGAUGAUCCAGAAUAUAGGAAAUUUUUAGAGAGUUACUGUGCUGAUGAAGAGAAAAUCUGUGCCAAUCCUGAGACUCUUUUGGGAGAGAUUGAGGCCAAAACAAGGGAACUCAUUGCUAGAAGAACAACACCCCUUUUGGAAUAUAUUAAAAAUAGAAAAUUAGAAAAGCAGAGAAUUCGAGAAGAGAAACGAGAGGAACGAAGGCGGAGAGAAUUGGAGAAGAAACGUCUGCGGGAGGAAGAGAAAAGGAAGCGCAGAGAAGAGGAAAGACGUAAAAGGAAAGAAGCAGAGAAGCAAAAGAAAAUUUCCGAAAAAGAAAUAAGGAUCAAGCUUCUUAAGAAGCCUGAAAAAGGAGAUGAGCAGGCCAGUGAAAAGCACAAAGAAAAAGAUGAAGAAGCUGACGUUGAAGAAAACAAAUGGGAAAAGUCCCCUGGGUCUGGGAGUAUAAAAUCUAAAUCAUCAGAGGGCUCACUAAAAGAACUUAAGGAAAAGUCACAAAAUGAUAGUGACAAAGAGCAAAGAGAUUUGGAGAGAAGAUUUCGAGAAAAAGAACCUGAAAGACAAAGGUAUCGAUUGGAUGAUGGCAGAAAGCAUAGAGCUCACUAUGAGUUUGACAAGUUUGUGAGAAGGAAUGAAGAAGAACUGAAAUGGGGGAAAGGAUACAGCCAAGACAGAGGAAAGAAAGGGAACCACAACUACAGCUUCACUGUGGAGGCAGUAGACAAACUGGGAUCGUCCAGCCAUGCAGCUCUACCAGCCAGGAGCUCGCAUUCGAACACAUACGGGAUCGACAAGUAAGACCUAUGACUGCAGUGGGAAAUCUUUUGAAGAUGCUCUUGACAAAAAGUAUGAGGCAGAUAAUUCAGCUGGAGGUGGUUCUGAGAAGAGCGAGGAAGCAGAAUAAAACAAACCGGAGGAAAGACUUGUGAAAAAGGAUGAACUUAAAGAUUUAAUGUCACCACAAAAAUCCAUAGGGCUGUUCCAGAUCUCCAACACCAAUAAAAUUAUCAUAGCUCUCUCGUACUUCCUGAGAAAUAAAGGAAAGAGUGACUGGAGGUGUAUAAAGAAUCUUACAGCAAAGGAAUAUGGUUGCUUUUUUACAAAAAGCAGAGCAAGCACCAUUUGCCUAAUUUAAAAGCAGUUUGAUGUUAUAUUCGAUUUACCUUGAAAUAUAAAACCUCUGAGAGUUUUAAAGGAGCAUUUAUAUGAAACUUUUCAGAAGCUAUCUCACCGUUUACAGUCUGAAGAAAUGAAACGUGGAUUUGUGUCAGUUUGAAAUCCGAGGCACUUCCAACGUGUUCGGUGCAUGGCACGGCGGGCACCGGGCCCCCUCCUGCAGACGGCAGUGGCGGCUGCAGGGAACCGAAGCUCUGGAGCUGGUGGUGUUUGCAGGAUGAGGCCCACGGUUUGCACAGUUGUGAGGAAUGUCCCUUGGUAUCUGUACCUCAUUGUGUUUACGUUGUUUUUCAAUUAACCGUAGCGUCAGAUAAGUGUUGUUAAAGCUGCAAGUACGUUGUUGGAGCGUUUGUCAUUUUCUGAGCCACUUCUGCCUUUUGUGUUUUAACAGUGCUUAAAGCAGAAAAAAAGCUAACACAAACCUCAGCACUUAAACAAAUGCCUGGUUUUAUUAAAUUAGAUGUUUUUCAUGUUUUUGACACUGACUUUUGAAAAAAAAGUGGUUGUACAAUGAUGACUUUUUAUAUGCUAACGUUUCAUAUAAGUUGCGGUUGCAGGAUUUGGAAAAUGCAGGAUAUGUGAAAGCUCUGAAGUCCUAUUUAUUAAUAAACACCCGAGUGACAACUGCAAACUGCCAUUUUGUAAGAAUGGUCAAAUUCUGCCCCCAAUGCAGGCAUAUAUAUGUAUAUAUAUAUUUGUGUGUGCAUAUAUAUAUAUAUAAAAAAAUAUAUAUAUAUACACACACAUAGUGCUUCCAUUGGUUUCAAUGAUAGCCACAUGUUUAGGGAAGGGCAAAACACAUUCAUUUGUCUUUUAAGGCUGAAAAUUUCUCAGUUGUCUUAAACUGAGACCUGCUUUGUCAAUUAAGUUAAAUAGGAAGAUAUUAAUUUGUUUUUACAUCCUCUUUGAACAUUUUGUUGUUAAACAUAUCAUCUAGUUGUUCUAAACUGAAGAAUUAUUUAUUGUAUUUUCCCAGAUAUUAAGCAUUAAAUAGAAUAAAAACAACAAGAUUUUGACUGUGAUUUUGGGAACUGACCUUCCGCAACUUUUUUAUCUGGUAUUCUAAAAAAAAAUUAAGUAGGAUGCUAUGCUGCUUGGUAUUCUUCAGAAGUAGAUAAAAAUACAGUUGAGAAGAAUUUAAAUAUCAAACUACAUAAGUGAGGUGCCAGCUAAAAUUACUUCAAAGCUGAAGUAAAAUAUCUGUUGGAGAAUCAUCUGGUUUUAUCUCCAUCUAAAGUUUAUCUUGUUUACCAAGUUUAUCCUGGCUGCAGAGAAUCUGGUUUGGAUUUUGGUUUGGCUUCCUGGCUGAGAAGAAAGAGCCUUAAUCAGGACAGUUCUCCUGCCGUGGAGUCGGACUGGGCUGAAAUCUACACCAGAUGAGGGUCUGCAUAAAAGCAACCAUUUCCAGCCCAACAGGAUACCCAGGGGAAGAGGGCAGAGCCCUACAGGCUCGAGGAGGGAUCUCACUUCUGAGAGGAACAUGUAAGACAAAGAAAAGAAGAGAUUUUUUACAUCCUCAGAAACUUGAACUUGCUAUUUUUGGCCAACAGUGGCUUUCAGGCUACUCUCUCACCUUUCCGUGAGUGCCUUGAGUAAGUAUCUCUUGGUAGCAGUAUAGGCAUUUAACUAAAUACAGUUUAUUUAGCAGUAAUUUUCCUCUUGGGACUUCUUAUUUGCCAUCUCUUUUAGUUACCAAAGAUUGGAUUUCAAGCCCUGACUCAGCAAAAACUGUCAGGGUUUAAAUAUCCGCAUCUUUCAAGCAGAGCUGUGGAUCCCUCGCUAACCAGGACACCUGCAUCCUGAUUUAUUGAAUUACUUGUGCUUUCUGGUCAAUAUAGCACCUUGAAAAGGCGGGUGCAGGGAGACCGGCCUUUGGUUUACUUCUCCACAUGGAGAGAGCAUCCGGAACAUCCAUAUUCCCUGGGGAGGCCAGGCGGGAGGAGCUGCCACCUGCUCGGUGCUUGCUCAUUUUCCUACGCCCCCCCUGAUGACACAAAAUAAAUGCAGGCUUGCAGCCUGGCUUUGUGCAGAGUCAGCGUGGCGUGAGAGCUUUAUUUCCACAAUAGCGACUUUGUUUUCCAAAUUCAGCUUUCGCUGAAAGUGGAUCCAGCUUCCCUGAGAAAUGGGAAUUGCGUCUGGGUACAUCACAGCUGACUUUGGUGCCAUCUGCUUUCUUGCUUUUAAAGUAUAAUGUGCUCUAUUUAAUAAAAAUCUCCACCAGCUUGACAGUC